UAGGCUAGAAAAACAAAAUAGGAGAGAAAAUUAUAAUGUGAGAAAUCGAACCUUACUAACCAACUAAGUCAAUAGCGUGGACGUUUUGGUAAUGGGACAUUUCCGAAAAAGGACCGGCAAAAUUUGAAAUAUGGGGUGAUAGCCCAAACUCCAAAACCUCCUCGGCGCAAUAACAUUAACAUAUAUGGAGAGAGCAUAUAUAGGAGCAUCACCGCUAUCCUCCCUCGCUUACAAUCCGCCUUGUCUCUUCUCACGAGAUUAUUUCGCCCUCCAAUCAUUUCCCAAUAAAAGCUUCCACGCUCCACACCCUCACGACGUCCGCAGUCCUACAUUUCUUCCACGGACCGUGUGAACACCUUCACAAAGCAGGAGAUCAAUGAUUUCCUCUCUCUUUCUCCUUCCAUAAACUUUCAUUUUUUAUCAAUACGUUUAUUUUUGUUUAUAUAUUUAUAGAGAAUCAAUGGACGAAGAAAUGGAGGAUUUCAUUGUUGAAUGUUCGGAUGUAUACGAAAUUGACUCUGAAUAUGAAUUUGACGCUGCUCGCUUUUAUGAUUUCUGUCGUCCGGAGUCGACCUCCGACGCUGAAGAAGCCGAGCGUUGGUUUCAAACGGCUGGCAACUAUCUGCCUUCUCCAGGAAACUCAAAUGGUUGCUCAAGGUUACAAGAAGGGAAAAUGGCAAAAUCAAAAUGCAACAACUCAUACAUACCUGUUGGUUCUGAAGUUUCGCCCUCCAAAUCGAAAACUAAAGGAAUGAUAUCUAAAGGUCGAACGACUCAGGAAAUUUGCAAGAUAAAGCCAGAGCCAAGAUCUUCAAUAGCAAGAGGCUCAACUUUAAUGAAGCCCACGGCUAGUUAUUUGGCUAAACAGAGGUUUCAGAGUACAUCUAACAAGUCUGACAUGACAAGCUCACAGAAUUCUUUGGCAUCUGAAAAUAUUGGAACCAAAAGGCAAAAGCUAGAAAUUGGUUAUCUACUUAAGAUUGCUCACAUGAAGCAUCAACGUCUACUAUCGCACAAGAUAUCCAAAAAGGAUGCUUCCUCCAUCUCUAAUUCGAUACAUUCCAAAUUUAAAGUUACCGUUCCAAGAGAACCUGAACUAGAAACUCUGCAGAGGGCACAAAGGCGAAGUUUCAGGUGCAACGAGGACUCAAAUUCAAGUGAAAGCACAAAACCCAAAACCCAAAUGCUUAAAGCACAGUCCUUGAACAGAAAUAUCUUCAAGGAUCCUACAUUGCCUCCUCUCAGAAAGACUAGAGCACCGUUGCCGGGGUUUGAUUUAUCAAACUCUCCAAAUGCCGAUUCUGCCGCACAAAAUGCUUUAGUGGACUUUAAAAGACCAAACACUCAAAAUGCUGUGAAGCAGGGAAAAUCUUUAACAUCACUCAAGUCAAGAUCACAUAAAUGUAACAAGGUCUUCCUACAGAUAUUUCCAAGUAGGGAAGAUAAUGGCAUAGGUGAUGACACUGGACAAGAAAGUACAUACUCAAAGGAAUCUAAAUCCAUAUUUGAUGAGAAACUUUCAGUGCAUCCUCCAACUGAACUGCUUAAUAAGUUGUCCCUUAGAUCCGAAAAGGAAGCACGUGAAGAAUCUCAGCCAAAAAAGAAUCCCUCAGCGAAGAAAUGUGUUGGAAAACCAAAUCAGUGUGCAGCAGAGAGGGGCACUCCCAGGAUUGGACACUACUCCAGCAUGAACAGGAGCUUGGGAAUCCGAUGAAAAUUUUGUGGCUAAUAUAUGUGGUUGUUGAAUUGCUGCUAAGUUGUUGCUUGGAUCUAAGAUGGUUCCUGCACCUGCAAACCUCUGUUUCAUGGAAGGUAGAUCCUCCUAAUCUAGGAGUUAUCUGGAAAUUUAUGUCUUUAGCUAUAGGAAAUAAAAUAUUUUCCUCAAGACUUGCAGCACCCGAUUUUUGCGGCUAGCACUGUACAUCAAGUCCAAUAUAUAGUAUUCCUUUUGGUCUGUUAUGUACAUCUACAAGGUACAUGUGCUAGGAUGGGGAGUAUAGUCUUUCAAAUACGCAAUGUAUAAACUUAUAUCAACUCAACAGUUCGCAGGAAAUUAUACAGAGAGAAAACUUCUACUGUCCGUUA